GUAGACAGGCAGCUAAGCUAGCAAGUUUUCCAUCGCAGAAGUCUUCGCCGCCGUCGGGACCAUACCGUAGUGGAGUUCUUCGUUUGUUGUGGUAUGGAGUGAAGAUGGCUCCUUUUCCCGACGAAGUGGACGUUUUCACAGGCCCACACUGGCGUAUGAAACAGUUGGUGGGUCUGUAUUGCGAAAAGCUCUCGAAAACCAACUUCUCCAACAACAAUGAUUUCAGAUCGUUUCUGCAGUCACUCUGUGCUACCUUCAAAGAGUUCAAGAUGCACGAACAGAUCGAGAACGAGUACAUCAUUGGACUGCUGCAGCAACGCAGCCACACAGUCUACGAUGUGCACUCGGACAACAAGCUUUCCGAGAUGUUGUCGCUCUUUGAGAAAGGACUCAAGAGUGUCAAGAGCGAGUACGAGCAGCUGAACUAUGCCCGACAGCUGAAGGAGAGACUGGAGGCUUUCACUCAGGACUUCCUUCCCCACAUGAAGGAGGAGGAGGAGGUGUUCCAGCCCAUGUUGAUGGAAUACUUUACCUAUGAGGAGCUGAAGGACAUCAAGAAGCAGGUGAUUGCCCAGCACUGUCGCCAGCAGCGCUGGGAUUGUGCGGCCGAGGUGCUCAAAGGCUUCAGCCUGCUCAACCAAGCCGAGGAGCUGCACAAGGCCUUCAAGUACUUGGACCACGAGAAGACGGAUGAUGAGUUGGAGAAGGGGUCCGGAUCGGCCCACAUCUCCCAGCUUCCCGUGGAGGUUCUGCUAAAGCUGUUUAGAUACCUCGGCCCAGAAGACCUGUGUCGCUGCGGGCAGGUUUGCACCACCUGGUCAAGUGUUGCCAAAACUGGCUCCCUCUGGAGGCACUUGUACCCAGUCCGCUGGGCGAGAGGCGACUACUACCACGGCCCCCCCGGCGAGCAGGAUCAGGAUCCCGAUGAGGAGUGGGUGAAGAACCUUAAAGACGAGGGCCGCGCUUAUCAGGAGUUUGAUGAAGAUGCAGACGUGGACGAGUCUGAAGAGGCCUCAGAGGAGAGUCCAGCUAUUAAUGCAGUCCAGCGAGAGAAGAAGCUGUUGAAUGGGAUGAUUCAGAACCUUCUGCCCAUCGUGGGGCCUUCCGUCAGGUCCAUCGUCCUGGCAUACAGCUUUGCCGUCUCCAGUAAAAUGGUUCGCCAGAUCCUCACCCUUUGCCCCCAACUCACCUACCUGGACCUAACCCAGACUGAUGUCACCGACUCUGCAUUCGACAGUUGGGCUUCUCUGGGUGCAUGCAGCUCUCUGGAACACCUGGACCUGUCUGGCUGUGAGAAGAUCACAGACCACACCCUGAAGAGGCUUUCCCUGGGCCUGGGCGACCUGACCUCCUGCUCCCUUCCCAUCAGGAGUCCCGAUCGCAAGGCCAAGCUGCUGGCCGGUCUCCCCUCUCCCAUCAAGCUCCAGCACGAGGUCCCCCCCGACUGCUCCAACGGCAGGGGCAGGCAGGCGCUCAUCUUCAAGAGGAGACCUGGCGGCCGAGGCAACGGCUUCGGACCGGCGCACGUGUGGGUGCUGGAUCCGUCCGAGCUGGUCGACAUCGAGGACGCGGCCGAGUGGAGCCGGCGCGGGGGCGGCAGCGGCGACCCGGCGUUGGAGGGCCCCACCAGGCCCCCGGAGAUGCAGGUCGUCGGGGAGCAGUGCUGCUGCAGGAGGAGCCGAAAGCGAGGCUUCAGAACUGGUAAAGGCAGCAGCAGUGGCUCCCCCUACUGGCAGCAGCAGCAGCCGCUGCAGCAUGCAUCCUACAGAGAUGCACAAUGUGGCCACUCCACAUGCUGUGGCGGAGACACCGCCCUAAGGACUUCUAAAGGGGCCCAGUGCAGUCCUCCGGCCACAGGGGGCAGCGCUGGGUUUCGGACUAAGUGCCCUGCAGAGGGCCAAACUUGCCCCGGGCGUGGCAAACAGACUGACAAAUCAGACACCUUCCGCUUUCUCAGGUUCCUCAGUCUGUCCGGGUGCUAUCAGAUCACAGACCUGGGCUUGAGGGCUCUGUCUCAGCGUGGAGGCCUCCCGGUCCUGGAACACCUGAACCUGUCGGGCUGCCUCUUCAUCACUGAGGUGGGACUGCAAGAGCUGGUGUCGGCCUGUCCAGCACUCAACGACGAACACUUCUACUACUGUGACAACAUCAACGGUCCCCACGCGGACACGGCCAGCGGCUGCCAGAACCUGCAGUGUGGCUUCAGGGCUUGUUGCCGCUCUGGAGAGUAGAGUCUGCGCCCUCUUCCUCUCUCCCCCCCGUGUGUGUGUGUGCUCUCCCGUAGAUCACUCUCGCACCCCUUCUACUUGUACGUGCACUUUAAUCCAAGGAACACCAAUCGGCUGUGCUCCCUUUCUUUGAAGAAAAUGGUUUUCCCAAUCUGCUAAAAAUUCCUGAUAUGGCAUUUCCACUUGUAUCUCUUGAGAAGUUUCCUUUCUAAGCGGAGGGAGGGAGUAUCUGUAUGUACAGAUCGUUUGUAAGAUAUUGAAGGUGUAAUAACCGGCUCCCUCUGUUCUCGUUAAUGGUGGGGAUGAGAUAGUGAUAUCAUCCUAUAGUUUGGGGCCUUUCUGUUUAAAAGUAACUCAUCACUUAACACCACUGAGUUCUGUUUUGUCCUUUAGGGAUCCUUUCCAUCUCUUUUUUUUGUAGUCCUACGUUCACUUAUUAACUCACAGCGUAGCUUGUAUUUUCUCAGAGUUCAUAGAUGAGUAUGCAGUAGGUGACCAUUUAAUACCUUCCGUCAUCUGUCACACAGAUAGUCAACACCCUACUGAGAUGCGAUUGUGAAGCCCCCUAUUAGAUACACACAAACCAUUCCCCUUCAGCUCAAUAUACUGUAGGUUACACUGGGAUAGAUGGGACAUCAAGGAAUUUGUGCUGUCUUAACAAAUAGGGUAGUAGUCUAAAUUCUGCCAUCAAGUAAUUUCAAAUUACCAGCACGCCCAUUGGUGUGCUUUAAUGUCAUAGGCUCAGUUGUUGGAGUCAACCUAAUUGUUUUCCUCACUCCAUUAUCUGGUUUUGGAUGAUCUAAUCAUCCAAUCAUUUGUACAUUUUGAAUGAUUAAAUUGCACAUCUGGCUCUAAAGCAGUGUGUUGAUUUCAACUGAAUUGGGCAGCAUUCAAAAUUGGAAUGUGUGAUUUAACAAAAGUUGAUUUCCUGUUUCAGGGCAAGUAAAUGUAAUCAUUUGUGAAGCACCAUUCAUGGGUUCAGAAUUGGAAAUACCUAACAUAAGCCUAUCACUCAGCUUAUGCAUGGAGAAAAACCUGUUAAUAAACCAUUUUAAAGCUGAACAACAUAAUGUCUUGGUU